AUGUUUAAAGUGCAUAUUGUUAAAUUAAUAAUAGUGCUGCAAAUUUUCAAACUGGCGCGCGCUAGUUUCGCUGAAUUAAAUAAUUCAGACCCAAAGUUCAGUGGACCGAUCAACAAUGUAACUGUGCCCGUGGGACGAGAUGCGCUGCUCACCUGCAUUGUACAUGACCUAAUGAGCUACAAGGUGGCUUGGCUAAGGGUGGACACGCAAACAAUACUCAGCAUCCAGAAUCAUGUGAUAACCAAAAAUCAUCGCAUUGGCAUCUCACACACAGAACAUCGCAUUUGGCAGCUACGCAUACGAGAUGUUCAUGAAUCAGAUCGUGGCUGGUAUAUGUGUCAGAUAAACACCGAUCCGAUGAAGAGCCAAAUGGGCUAUUUGGACGUGGUGGUGCCGCCGGACAUUGUUGACUAUCAGACCAGUCAGGAUGUGGUCUGCGCCAGUGGCCAAAAUGUUACGCUCACCUGCAGCGCCACGGGCGUGCCCCAGCCCAACAUAAUCUGGCGACGGGAGGAGAAUACGCCGCUGCUGCUGACCAACGAGCAGGGCGAGCCAAGUGAGCUGUACAGCCUGGAAGCGCAGAAUCUGACGCUGUGGCAGCUGCAGCGCGAGCAUAUGGGCGCCUAUCUAUGCAUUGCCUCCAAUGGAGUGCCGCCCACUGUGAGCAAGCGCGUCAUGCUGAUUGUUAAUUUUGCGCCUACGAUUUGGACGCGCUAUGAUACAAUCUAUGUGGGCUUGGGGCAGAAGCUAGCGCUGGAAUGCAUAAGCGAAGCGUUGCCAGCUUCCAUUAACUACUGGCUGAAGGAUGAACAGCUGCUGCCCACAGGCAGCUACGAAUCCUUGCUUAUCGAUCAUGUGCAGCGCAUGGUCAUGCGCCUAACGCUGCGUCCAGUAACCAAACGAGACUUUGGCGAAUACAAAUGCAUUGCCAAAAAUGCUUUAGGACAAACCGAACGCAGUAUUAUACUACACCAUGAGAAGAUAAUAAUAAUAAUACGCCUUAAUGCCAAAACACUUUUUGACUUCCACAUAUAUUUUCUCGCCAAAAGAAACAAGUGA